AUGUUUCCUAAUCAAAGUCAGUUGAUGGACUUGGCUCAGUCUCUGGACCCGCGCUGCUGCGACCUUGCGCAAAGGCGCGAGGCACUUCGACAGAUUAUCAGUCUACCCGUCCUCGACACACAGACGUGCGAAGCUUGGACCGCAGCUGCUGACACACCUACGGCUGGAAAAAACGUUUUCGAAGGGUACCCCUCCGUGUCUUCCAGCGUCGCUUCCCUGCAUUCGCCUUCUGCGUCUGUGACCGCAAAUAAUUUGUCAAAAACACUAUCCACUUAUAGCAUCCGCCUCGGCAUUUACGACGCACUCGCCGAUGAGGAUGAAGAACUUAAUCUUCUCGCAUUGAAAUUUGUAUCCAAAGCGUUCACAAGUACGCUUAGCAACGUAAAGGAGUGCUAUGUUCUCUUGGCUGACUAUUUGGAGGAAAACUUUACUGCUGAUAAGAUCACCUCACAGCCGCUAUCUCUCGGUCUGGAUAUUAACAAACCCGAAAUUUUAAAGCUACUGCGAGCUUUUUCUCUCCUUCACGAAUUUCACAAACAAUUGCCGCAUAUUUGGGUUCGAUACCCUGAGAUGCUGAUGAAAUCGCUUAUGGAUCGUUGCCUCGCGUUGAUGAUGAUUGGCUGCCUGCCCACUGGGGUCACUUUUGGAAAGUGUAUCACACCGCUACACUUGAUAUCUCUUCUUGAUCCACGGGCAGAAUGGAUUUCCGAGUGGACGUAUCUCGUGGGCGAAUGCUUCCACCGCCUAUCCACCUGCCCCUCAGCCGUCGAGACUUGUUUCGAGCUAAACUUAGAGGCUACAGCAAAAAAGAAGAAAACUUCGGUGGGACGAGCCCAGUGUCUAAAUGGUAGUGAAUGCGGCAAUAAUCAAUCAGCGAUUUCUUUACUUUCAUCACGCGUCUAUUCGUCUUUGGGCGAACUCGCGGACCUGGACGAGGUUAGUGAAAAGAAGCCUUACUAUGAGAAUAUCUGUACGUUUGCGGCGGCCUUAGCAAACAUCUGCUCAACAGCAAAAGGUCGAGCUUAUUUCAACGGUCAGAAGGCAUUGAGUCAUGCGCAGCCGAUCGCUCGAGCAAUUUCCAGGUGCUUGGAUUUGAUGGCAAAAGUAGACGCAGAAAUGAUCGCUGGAAAACGCCAGCUUACUCCGGCUAUUCAGAUAACCGCAAAAAUCAGCGCCCAUCUUUUGCAAGUGUUCAUUUCGACUUUUCUGUCGCCGGAAGGCUGGCCUUUGCGCGGCGAUCUGGAGCUGCAUUGGAGGGUGCUCGAGUCUUGGAAACUCAUGCCAUUUAAUCGCUUGAUCAGUUUGUUCCCGAAUUGGUCGGUUGUUUUGGAGGCUCUAAAGGAAGCACGAAGUGACGCCAAAUUCCGACCUAAAAGUGAAAACACGCCUCAAGCGGGACCAAAAUCUCUUCUGGAACUCAUCGACUCAGUAAUUAUGCUGGAUUCUCCAACCAAGCUAUCACAGCUCUGUCGACCGGAAGAAACUAUGGUUUUUGGUUUGCGGUUUCUGAGCAUUCUGGUAUCAUCGCUCGAUACUUUCUUGCUUCUUGAGUCAAAUUACGGUGUGAUUGCCAUGCUUCUCAAUGGACAACGUCGAAGUGCCAUGGCGCAAGACAACGCUGAUGGAACGACUGGACGGUUUUUGAUCGACGAGGGCGUUAUCGAGAGGAAUUAUCUCCUUGUUAACCUCGCACUCAUCAAACGCCGUCUCAUUCACCACUAUCGUAGCAGCCGGUCUUCGGCAAAGCGGCAACGCCCCGCACAAGUUGGGGUGUCAAAUUCUGUUCAAGCUGCCACGACUUCGAGCUCGGCUUCGGACGCUGGCUAG